AUGCUCAUCACUGGGAAAAACCUCCCAAUUCAUUUCGAGAACCUAGGCAGGGUCCUGCAUAGACUGGAAAAACACGGCAUCUGCUGUAAGAAAUCCAAAUGCUCAUUUCUGAAGUCCGCAGUGAAGUGCCUGGGACGUAUGAUCGAUGAAACUGGCCCCUCAACCUCACCCAGAAAGAUGGAGGCAGUGGUGAAAGCACCACAGUCCAAAAACGUUAAAGAGCUUUUUUUGUUUUUGGAACUUGUGAAUUACUACAGCAAGUUCAUUUCCACUUUGGCUACCAAGGCAGCACCACUGAAUAAUCUGAAGGAGAAUGCAAAAUGGGAUUGGUCACAAGUCUGUCAGGAAAAUUUCAAGGACCUCAAGCAAGAGUUCACUUCUGCUAUAAGUCCUGGCACAUUUCAAUGA